AUGGUAGUCGACAUUCAGCCAGAUCCUCCAUUUUACGCGUUGACGGAGGACGACCAAGCUGCGCUCGUCGUCGUUGCCUCGCUGAUCUUUCUCAUCUACGCCGUCAUUGGAAUAUCACUGAAGCUUAUCAUCCGUCUCAACAUCACUUCAUUGAAGAGUCACGAUGUGGUAUUACUAUUCGCAACCUCAUUGCUCCUCUCGCAAACGAUUUGCAUCAUCGUCGCUUGCAAGUUUGGGCUCGGACGUCAUCAGAAUACGGUAGACUCUCACGACCUGGACACAUUUCACAAGACCUUCUACAUCUCAACCCUACUAGCAAUUGCUACCGCAGCGAGCACCAAAAUUUCGCUAUGCCUCCUUAUCCACUCCAUCAAUAACCACGGCCGACUCAAUCUUGCGAACAAGAUACUCUUUGGCAUCAUCGGUGCAUGGGCCAUAUCCGGAAUUUUAAUGGCGUCAUUUCAAUGCUCUCCUCCGCAGCCAUGGCUUGCUACCACUGUCGAGAAGUGCCCAGGUCGAGAGGGGAUUUUCCUCUACAACGGCAUUAUGGACAUCGCUACGGAUGUUUAUCUAUGUCUGCUCCCUGUAGCCAUGAUGUGGAAAGUGCAGACUACUUUGAAGAGAAAAAUGAUGGUGGUUGCUCUCUUCACCACCCGCAUUAUCAUACCCAUCAUCACGAUUCCGAGACUGGUUUACACACAUACCUUGGUGACCAGCUACACUGACACAACAUGGCAUGCGGUUCAUCAUGUCAUUUGGUUACAAGUCUCACUAGGCAUGUCAAUCCUCACAGCGUGUAUCCCAAGUCUGAAGGGAGUCAUCGACAGUCUCCUAGGUUCCACCUCCGUAGCCGCGAUCCAGGCACCUUACAAUUUGACCUCGUCAGGGAAGGACGGCAGCAGACUUCAGCCAACGAGUCUGCUGAUCGGCAGCGGGUCCAACACGAGACCGGGGUCGCAUCUGGCGAGCGGCACAGGAGAUUCGAGGAUCGCGAGGGCUGGGUUGGCGAGACCACCCGACUGGUCGAUCGGUUGUGGGAUCCACGGCUAUGUAGAAAAAGAAGACGUCGGUUGCAGUGAGAGUGUGCGGAAAUUGACAGAAGGUGGAGAGUUUGGGGCGUCUUCUGAUGAGAGACGAAGGUCGAGCUCACAGGAAGGAUCCCUGAAGUCUGCUGAGGCUGAGUUGCGAUUGUAAUCCCGGAGCAUUUCAUUUGUUUACAAAAAUAUUGAGAAAAAUGAGGCCGAUUGAAGUCUUGAGAAAUAUUCCUUUGUUUCUGAAUCGCAAAUCUGUAACGUUGG